AUGCGCAGUGUCUCUAUUGAAAAAGGCUUGGUGAAGAAUGUGAGGGUGCAGGUGAUGGAUUUACUGCCUAAUGUGGUACAGGUGCUGCUGCUGCAGCCGUCAUUAGUCGAAGUGGACUCUACCUGCUAUCUAUUCCAAACCAUUGCUACACUGGCACAAGUGGAGACGGAUGAGAUAUUUUGGCCCGCACGGGCACCUGCGGUCUGA